UCACUGUGUUCUGAAUCAUUCAACUUGUCCAAACAAUGAAUGAUCUCGAUCUCUCGUUGCCUUCUCGUGCCUAUCAGCGCAGCAGUCAGACUGUCAAAAUCUCAUCUGUUUCAACUUUCAUCCGAUUGGAUCUCUCUCCACCUUGUGGCAUUGGCUCUACAAGUGCCGCACAUCUUACUCAACCAAUGUUCGUUUUGGGAUCUCAUCUAUUUUGAAAGUCGCUCGGUUAGUCCCAUCAACGAAUGGCUCGUCAUUCAAUCCAUCUCAACCGUUGAAGCCAUGACUGAUGCCCAGAAUGCGAACCCCCCCGAAUUGGGGAUAGUCAGAGAAACCUUUCCUUGGAUCCUGCGACAAUUGUUCCCUUUCCAUCAAUCAGGGUCCUUGCUUCGUGUCCACGACAGCUUCAAGGAUCAGCGUAACAGUCCGCUGUUUAGCAACCUACUACUUUGCAGGCCCGAAAUAGAUGUCAGCAAUGAUCGCCACCGUACCACAGGCUGACUAGGGCUGAAUUUCACGCAAGCUUUUCCAGAACAUAGUAGGUCUGUAAAAGUUUGACAAGUUGAUUCAUCGGUCAAUAUAAUCUGAUCAUGCGAAGACAUGAUUAGUAGGCUUUCGAAUUUUCAUGGGCUGUAUGUUUCACAGUUUGUCAUGCUUCAACGCUCAGCACUCAGCGCUCAACGUUCAGACAUGUUCGUUGUUAAUGCGU